AAGAUCGAGCGCCGGGCUAAGGGGUAACUUCGUAUGCGACGGAGUCGAAAGUCUUUCUGAUGGUACGUUAAUUGUACUGUAUAUACGACACCGAUCAAAAACUGUUCGAGUUGGAUGAGUGAUGUUAGUAGCUCCAUUGAGAGUGGGAGAGAGUCAUAGAUUUAUAACUCCAUUUACAGGCAGGUCCUACAAAAUCACUUCAAUAUCUGUAUACACGUUGCUAUCUAUUAAUGACAAGUUUUCAUCUUCAUCCAUUUCCCUCCUCUCCCUAAAGGUAUCUAUCUAGUGUACAAGUAUCACUAAGAAAACCCAUCCAAACCCUCAAACCCUCAACAUUCAACCCCCGGAUCACAAACGUCUCCGCCAAAUAUCUCCGCACAGCGCAUACAACGACCUGAAACUUGUUGAAAAUUCCACGGGGAAUAUAGCCGGGUGGACGCAUUGGAGUCCCGCGCAUAGUGUGAGUGCAGAGGAGGAAGAAGAGCAGAAGAGGGAGGAGGGAAGGGAGGAAAGGGAGAGAGGGGAGAAGGGAGAGAGGGGAGAAGGGAGAGGGGAGGUUUCCUGUGGGUUCUGUGGUGGAGACUUGUGAGGCGAAGGUUGAGGGGUGGAAGGGGUUGAGGGAGAGGUGGUUUAGGAGGGAGGAUAUGUAUUGUUUGCCUCUCUUUUUUUCCUCUUUCUUCCUUUUUUUGGUUCAUCUUCGUUUUAUUGAGCCAUUCCCCAUUCCCUCCCAUCUCCUCUUUCCUCCAGUCAUCUCCUCUUUCCUCCAAUCAUCUCCUUUCCCCCCCAAUACUCUUCCCCCCAUCCCCUCUCUAACACCCCAAAACCAGUAAUCUACGUCCUAACCAUCUCCCCCACCUACCAAAAACUCGGUCUAGGAACCUACCUCCUAAACAGCAUCCUCUCCCUCGCCGAAAGCCAAUCAAAAAGUUGUUAUCUAGAAGCUACUGCCGCGGGGUAUCCGAUAUAUGAGCGAGUGGGAUUUAAGACGGUGGAGGUGGAUAUGAGGGUUUGUGGGGUGGGGAGGAAUUGGGCGAUGAUUAGGGAGCCGGGGGUUGGUUGGGGGGGAGGGAGAGGAAAGGGAAGUAGGUGGAAAGUAGGCGGGGUAGUCAAAGAGUUAAAAUGAGGGGAAUUAUUACGAUACUCCAUGAUGUGCCCAAUUAGAUUAACAUCGCAACGAAGUAUAUGCCGUUAUUUAGCAAUGCCAAUUUAAACCGGGUAAGAGAAUGAGAGAGCAAUAAUCCCAUUUAAUUAUAUACUCUAGCUAGUAUCUAGCCAUCUCGAUACUAUAAUUCUA